AUGGAGUUGGCGAGGUCGAGGAGAAAAUAUAAGAACUCCCGCGCUAAAGUUCGCGUUGCUCUUCCCAAGAAAAAUCCUAAUAUCUUUAAGCCAGCUUUCAACUCCCCUCCCAAGCUCCGCGCUCUUAUGGCCGACGAUGUCCCCGAAUGGGACGACCAGGCUAGCGUCAUCCAGAACUACGAAUCCUUCGGCGUCCUCUCUAACCCUAACCUGCCCGGUAUCCGGUCUCGCACGGACCAUAUGAUCCAGGAUGACUCCCUCAAUGUUCCUCCACCUCCUGAGCCUCCCACCGAUGAUCCUAUUGCCAAGGAGUUCGAGCCCAUCGAUUCCGGCAGCGAACUCGAGGAAGACGAUCUUAAGACAACAUUGGGGAAGGAAAGAAAAGAUGGAAAGAGUGCUCCUUUACAGCCCCUUACUACUAUGCAACUUACUCAUAUUAGACGUUUAGUCGAGAAACAUGGAGAUGACAUUAGCUCCAUGUACCGAGACAGAAAGCUAAACUCGAUGAAGCCUUCGGUUGCUACACUACAGAAGCUAUGCACAAGAUAUCUCAUGUACAAGGAUAAGAAUCCGGUUUUAGUUCCAUGCUGA